CGGAAGGUGAUCGUGAUUUUGACAAGUAAAUAUAUAUUUUUUUAUAAUCGUAUUGGUGGCCGUCAGUUGGUGAACUAAAAAAAAAAUGAAUAAAACUUGCGAUAUCUGUCACAAGGACGGUAUAUACAAGUGUCCGACUUGUUUAAUAUUUUACUGUUCACUGACCUGUUGUAAAAAACACAGGGAAGCCAAAUGUGAUGUGGUGAAAUUCGACUCUGAUGAGGACGAGGAAGAACAGGUGGAGAGAAAGAGGAAAAAGGAUAAUAAUUACCAUGAUUCUGAGUUAGAGGUACCGAAGAACAACGAACAAGGUAAUGGAUUGUUAGGUAAUAACCACUCCAGGAAUCUUCCAGUGACGAUAGAUGAAGCAGAGAAUGUCGAAGAAAUAUUGGAGAAAAAUGAACAAGAGCCUAUUUUUGAGGAGAUUGCAGGUGCCUGUUUGAAGGUUGUUGAACCCCAAAUAGAGGAUGAUGAACCUCAGAUAACUGAAGAUACAUUAUAAGACUGAACAGUGAUAGCAUUUUUACUCUUUUGAUAUAACAUUCUGCAAUUUUUACAUUGCUUGUUUCUUGUGAUACUUUUCAAUAUAUCAUUUAAUAUGUAAGAUUUUGUAUCAGGUAUGUAUUAUUAAUUUUAAAAAUAUUAAACCUA